AUGAAAUCUCAAGGCAAAACUGCGCCACCAGGCUUUGCACUUUGCAAUCCUGUAACGCAGAAUCUGCAGACAACGUAUAUGUCUGCGCAGAAGGAUAAAAUCCAAGAGUUAUUUUCAAUGGAUCAAGGUAAUUGCCCAAACUGGCAAACAGCUGUUCUAAAAGAACUCAUUGACGACAACAAAGCAGGAUUUUUCGUUACAGAUUUAGCACAACUUCAAGAACUUAUUCAACAUUUACUCGAGCCUCUAAAGACAGGAGAAAACUCCAUGCUUCCGUUUUUAAAGCAAAUAAUCUCGUUAUCAAUUGUACCAUUCAGGAAAUUAAGCAAUGGCGAUGAUGUUAGAAACUUUAAUCAUAUCGGUGGUUUCUUCGCUUCUCUUUGCCCAGUCUUGAAGCUCCCAUUCCAGGAUCUUCAAAUAGAAGCAGCUAAAUCUAUUUACUGGUUUGCUAAGAACUGCGGACCCUUAACAACAGCAGAUGAAUCUACUUUCCGUCAUUUUUAUCCUAUUACCGAUGAUAAUGCUUUAUAUUCUCUUAUCCCACAACAGCUUUGCGUUGACCAAGUAAUUGCAGUCUUUUGUGAUUCAUUUACAGAUUUUCUUACAAAAGUCAAGUACGAUCCAAUCAAUACAGAUAUCCUUACACUUGCAUUCAACAGCUUAUUCGAGUUUGUUAAGCGUGGACAGUCAAAGCAUAUUCCAUCUGGCUUCCUUACAACAAUUUUGAAUUUCAUCAUCGAUAACUCCGAAAUUAUCCAUAGUCCGCCUGGAGAUAAGAAAGAAGGACCUGAUCCAAUCUGCACAACACGUGUUUUGGCCUAUGCUUUAAUGUUUAUUGACGCUUUAAUUCAAGAAUCCAAAGAAGCAAUGAAUAUUUGCAUCUCAUCAUUAUCAACACUUUGGAGCUUCUUCGUUGAUACACUUUUCGCCUGCUUCAAGAAUGUCCAGAAGUGCAUUAGAAAUGAAAUUUUAGGAAUCAUCAUUUUGACACUUCAGAAAUGCCCACCAAAAUGCGUUGACACAUCACUAUCAAACAAGAUGUUCGAUCUCCUUCAAAAGAUCGCUCAACUUCCAUUAGAUGUCUCUGAUACAAUUAUCUACUCAUCGAAAGAGAGAAGUAUCAGACUUACUCAUGAACCAGUUGAUAUUGAGUUACUUUUGCUCUCUCAAGAUCUCAUUCUUUGGUUAGAUAACAUUGAUAUCCCUCCAACAGAGGAAUUUACCAACCAUCAGAUCGAUGUUCUUCGUGGAGAAGUCAACAAAUACCUUGUUCCCCAUCUCCCAGAGUUCACACGCCAAGCUUUGCUCAUCAUCAGAUUUAAUCCUGUACAUUUGAGCGACGCCGGUAUCGAUGUCUUACGCGGAAUGAUCCAAAAUCCAUCUUCUACGGAGUUGUUGUUCUAUACUUUGAUGUUAAUGCUUGAUAUUCCAAACAGAUUCAAGACAACUGAAGAUGUAAAGAGUCUCAUGGCCCUUCCACGCCAAAAUGAGAAGAUUCUUUCAUUGGUUUUGUCGAAUCUCGCCGCUCAAAUCCGACCACCAAAGGACAAAUCCGAAGAAGAAGCCGAAGCGGAAGGUCCAGAGGCAGCUUUGGCUCAGGAAUUCGUUGAUCUCCAAGGCAUUGACAUCCUUAAACAAUGCUUUACCAGCGAAUUUGCUGAAGUUGUUGCAAGUAGCAUUGAUUGCGCCAGAGCAUGCGUUCCAUUCUGCUUCAAGGACAUUGACCAAAGAUUUAUCUUCAUGUUACUUGAUUGCGCAGACGCAGCUCCGACAUUACUUCGAUAUGCAUUUGUUGGCUUGUUCCUUGACUUGAUUACACCAUCCUUUGUUGAAUCUGCCAUGUUGUGGCGUUCACUUAACACGAAUGCCAACAUCCAGAGGACAAUUGUCAGAUGGUGGCGUCAAGAAGAAGAAAGGCUUAGCAUCAAAUACGACAAAUGCAUCAUUAUCGAUGCAGACAGACCUCUCGAUGGUCAUCCAUUAGUCACAAAGAACGAGUUCCCUCCGAAACCAGACAGAAAAUGGCUUCUCGACAAGAAUUCUCUCGAUCCACCGUCAAAAUCAUACAAACUUGACAUAAGAGCGAGAUUAUUCUUGUUCCUUUCCGCUUUCCCACCAUUAGAUCCAAACGAUUGCAAGCCAACGGACAGGAUCAAAGAACUCAUGAUUCGCAGCUACAGAGAAUUAAAGACAGGAGCUGUUUGGUCAGAUCUCAAAGACCAACUAAAGGACGAAUCAGUCAAACCAUUACAUGACGACAAAUUAUUGAUAGAAAACAACAUUUCGGAGAUGAGAAGUCGCGCAUUGGACAUCCAAGAGAAGCAAUGCGAAAUCUGGCAACAAUGCGAAAAUGACAGACUUGCCAUGGAAAAGAGAACUUACAACCAACUCGCAGAUGGUCUCAAGACUGCACAAUAUGUCGCUGAAAACUACAAGGCAAUUGUAAAUAGCCAGCCAGUGACUGUUGCAAGGUCUUUCCAGGGAAGAACUGUCAAAGGUGAAGAUGUUUUGGUCAGAACAGGAAACUUGAGAACAAUUGCUAAACAAGAAGUAAUGAUGACUGAUUCAACGAACCAAGUUAACGCUGCACAAGAACGCGAGAAGGAGAUUGAAGAGAAUUAUAUUAAUGAUUGCUUGAAGGAUGAAUCUAUUUCUUAUUUAGUUCAAUUAAUGAAGAAUAAUAGUUCGACAAAGAACUCUCCAAAGGCUGUGCAAAGUUCUACUCAAUUGGCUUCGGUUCCUUCGAAUUUAGGACAGGAAAAUAUUAGUGCAGUUGCUUCUGCUAAUCAAGUCAAUCCUGCAGCAUCUGAAAAUCCUCCUCAAGAAGCUCCAGCUAAUUAG